AUGCCCGCUCUCCGAACAACCCGCUCUUCUGCUCGUACCAGCCCGUCGAACCACCCACUCUCCACACCUCAGCCACUCAAGCCGCGCAAAGGAGCUUCAUAUCCCUCGGCAUCGUUGCGCAAGUUGACCUUUGUACCACAAGAGAAGGUUGCUGCCAUCGUAGCUGCUAUCCAGUCAUGCGACGGGGGCCUGAGCAAGAACCAGCUCGCACAAAUCUCGAAUUUUCAUGGAAUAACACAGAGAGCGAUCGCCGCCUUUGCGAGGGACAACGCGCUAGCAGAUGGUCCCUCUGCAGCAGUCACAACGAGGUUCCCUCGGCCUAACCGAACUUCCUCAUCAGUUACGGAUGGCCAUAGUCUCCCUGGGCCAUCCGAGAGGGCUCGUUCGCAAGUUGGCCGCAGUGCAUCCUCAUUCUCUCGAGAGGAUUCAGCGUAUAGGACGUCACUAACGGCAGUAGAACCGUCUGGGGGGCAAGAAAGCGGCGCAUCUUCCGCAAAAUCGACAAUGUCCCGCCCAUCGUCGAUAAGUGAAGCGCUAGAACAGUAUGAAAGGCGCUCUCAGGGACUGGGAGAACUAGUAGCGGAGAAUACUGGACCAGUGAAACAAGCGAAACGAGGAGCCAUGAAAACCACAAUAGAGGAGUGGUACAAGCAAAACGGAUGCAGCCCGGAUCAUUUCGCCGUUAGCAACUUUCUUCGGGAGCAAUGCAUCACUCUACAGGCGUAUAGCGGCUACGUGAGAAGAUAUGGUGAUAUUUGGAGAUCUGAGUACAGCCUAGAGCAGACCAUUCGGGAGGUUGAGGGGGAAGGAAGGGGCCGACGAGGCCGCAUCAUCUCCCGAAAUGCUCAAGAAGCUCUAGAAGGCCGUCUCGUCUCGUCUCAGGCGUCGACUUUGGGCCCUACACGUAAAACCAAGCCGCGCCACAAGGUCACCAAACCAUACUUGGGGCUACCCAAGGAGCCGAAGGUGCUGAAGAAAGAGAAGCAAUCAGCAAGCAGCUCCAUGGCCGAGUCUGUGGAGGGGAUUGUACUUGGGAAGAGGACGAACGGCGUGGCGAGGGCGAAGAAGGUGCACACAACGAGCCACAUUAUGGCUCACGCAACCAUGCUCAACGCUUCAAACCAAGGAAACUCCAUGGAAGAGGAACAGCAUCAAGCUCAAUGGAAGAAGAAGAUUGAGGACAUGUACUACAAAGAGGCGGUCGUAGUCGGCUUGAUCGCCAAUAUCCUCAGCGCCAAGGAGAUUCGAUACUGGCCAGAGCUAAACUUUUAA